UUGGACAAUUUAAAUUUUAAACAUCGAAUAUUUAGAUGUGGAAUAUUGAUCUGUAUGUUGAGGUUGAGGCGAGACUCAAAAACUACUAUGUCUAUGGAACAAAUAACAGCGUCUGUGGCUCUGAACAGUUUAAAAGAAGAACACAAUUUUGUUGAACCCGACCGUGGUGACCUUGAUGAUACUAGUAUUGAGUGGAGGUCUGGGAAACCUGAUUAUACAAAGGCCAAUCUCGCGUUUUUAAAGGGAAAGACUCAGAAUCACCAAGCUGGUUCAUUAGAAGAGGUUGUUGAGAAUCUUGUUAAGAAAUGGGAAAUGGAAGCAUCUCAUAAGAAGAAUAUCUCGCAGUGGACGACAAUAGAUCAUGACAAUUACUGUAUGCAGAGCAACGGAGGUGAAAUACUUGACGGUGUUAAAGCGUUUGAAAUUGGCAACUAUAAUGCAUUGUUGAAAGGUUGUCCUGCUUAUGAAAAAUAUGGUUUAGAUGAUCAUUUUGAGAACUCACAUGAUUUAUUUCGGAACGCGUUGGUCAAUGGUUUUCCAUGGGAGGUGCUCAAGGUAUUAUGUGGUCCCCCAAAUGUUAUGUUCACGUGGAGGCACUGGGGCGAGUUCACAGGACAGUAUCGCGGUCGUCAAGGUAACGGGGAACUUGUCGAAAUGUAUGGUAUUCUCCGCGUCACCGUGAACAACGAUCUGAAAAUCCAGAAAAUUGAGGCAUUUUUUGAUGGGACAACAUUUCUUGAAGCAAUGGAAGGAAAAAUCGACCACGAGUUAUUACGUCAUGGUCGUACAUUGUUAGGGGAUACCUCUAAACCCGCAAUCGAGAAGAAGAAAGAUUAACCUGCAUCCAGGUUCCUGUUUCCCUACGCAAGCUUGAUAAAUUGAAUAACUUUUAGAUUCAUUAGUACGUGUGUUGAUAAUUGCAUGCUGAUUGU